GUCAAACUCUGAUAUGAAACAGGAUUAGAGAGGCUUUUUUGGCGCUGUUUAAUGGCAGCUGUGCUUUAGUUUCAUAAUGAAAGCAGUAGAGACAUCCUGCCCAGUCCCGGUCAUUUUGAUUUAAUCUUGCAGCUCGUCCCUUAUGAGAGAGCCGCUGUACCUUGAACGUAUACUUAGCAGAUCUUGUUCAGGACCCCAUAUGCUGGAGCAAACUGGAGUCCCGCUUGAACCCCUCAGAGUCCUCAAGCAUGGUCUCCGAUACCAAGAAGUCGGAUGAGAGCUUUAUCCCUAGGAAUAAGAAGAACAUAAAAAUAUGGUUUAGCCCAAAGAGUCGCAAAGUUCGCUGUUGCAUUGAGAAACCUGUUAACUCAAACAAAUCAAAUGAAUUCCAGGAAAAGAAAGCCAAUACAUCACCUGCUUCAAAGGACCUGUCCGUCUACAACUUCACCUCUUCCUCCCAGGAGUCUGGGACAUCCUCUCCUCCACGGGGGAAGGCCAAUAUGAAAAUAAAGAAAAAAAGAAUCAGCCAAACCUGCAAAGCAACUGGUGGUGCUCAAAGGCUCAAAACGUGGACUACGCAAGAAUGUAAGAGGCUGAGGCUGGAAGCUAUCAAUCAACAGUGGGCCUUUGGAAAAGAAGGUGCUGUAGACAAGGAUGUAGAAGAUGAGAAAGUGAGUUCUGGAGAUGACAACAGGAGGUCCGGUAUGAGAGUUACUUUCCAUUUCCCUCACAGCCAGCCUGAGGAGACUCGUAAGGCUGUCCAUCAAGAACAGAAUCAAGUUCCCCAAAAAAGCAUCCCAAGCAAUUUGGAAGUUGAAGAAACUGAGAAGCAAAGCUCUGCAGCUUCCAGUUCACCAUAUUGCGAUCAACAGGUUAAACCUGUCACUGAUGUCCCGCAGGAAUCCAAUGAAAACACUCCAGGGCCUCCUCGGUUGUCCCUUGACAAAGUGCAUGAGAGAACCAGAGAGGAUCAGGACAGCGAGGAUCCACAGAGGACACCAAAACAACGGCGAACAUCUUCAGGAUGGAGGAAGACGUCAUCUAAAGAAGGAGCUGUUUCCACUAAAGGCCGCUCUCGGAGUCUGACAGUGUCCAAACAGUCCUGUGAGAAGCAGAAUGCGGUGCCAGCUACCCCUCACCUUAAGAGGAAGUCUUCAAGUGCGAGACACAAGGCAGGUCCUGCUUACAUGAAAAAGAACCACAAUGGAGAGACACCACUGCACUUAGCUGCCGUAAAGGGUGAUGUGGAGGAGGUCCGUAAGCUCCUUGCUCAGGGAGCCGACCCCAACCUGAAGGACAACGCGGGCUGGACACCACUGCACGAGGCUUGUAAUCUGGGUCACCUGGGAGUGAUGGAGGAACUGCUCAGGCAGGGGGCGCUCUUGAACACUCCAGGCUACCAGAAUGACUCUCCAUUGCACGACGCCGUGAGAAACGGUCAGAUACCGGUGGUCAAGCUUUUGGUUGAACGCGGCGCUUCCCAAAGUGUCCUAAAUAUGUUUGGCCUGCGGCCGGUAGAUUAUGCGCUGACUCCAGAAAUGCAGGAGGUCCUAAGAACGGCCCCGGAGGCACCUCAUCCUGUAACAACCACCCCGAACCCCCCCGCCAGCCCGAGUGAGGCUGCGGGCUUUGUGCGAGAGACGGGUCCAGUGGUUGUGAUUGGCAGUCAGCUGACGCAGACUCAGCAGAAGCAGCUCACCAAAGCAGCUCAACUCCUUGGAGGGAAACAAGUGCGCUCCUUUUGUAGAGCAGUCACCCAUGUGGUUGUACCAGAUGUUCCCAUCAUGCCCUCGUCCCUGACCGCACUUCGGGGUGUCCUCAACGGCUGCUGGAUCCUCACUUUCAGCUGGGUGAGUUGUAGCCUUCAGGCAGGCAGCUGGGUCGGGGAGUGUGAGUACGAGGCAGGUGACGGCCCCUUGCGUGCCCGCGUGAACAGAGGCAGCCUGCUCCCUCCCCUAUUUGAUGGCUGCUUCUUCUACAUGCUGGGCUCCUUCUGCAAGCCACCAAAACUAGAGCUCAUUCAGUUAGUGAAAGAAGGUGGUGGACAGCUUCUGAAUCGCCAGCCCAAACCCGACAGCGACGUCACACAAACCCUGAGCGCAGCGGCCUACCAUGCCCAGCCUGGUUCAGACCAGAUUCUCUGUACCCAGUAUAUCUUAUAUGAUCCUCAGAGCUCCUACAAACCCCAGAAGGUCAGAGUAGGUAAGGUCUGGUCGGCUCCAUCCACAUGGUUUCUGGAAUGCAUAGCUGCCUUUCAACUCCUGCCAGUGCCAGAGCACUAGGCCUUAUACUCGGUGUGUUAUUGUUUCAGCUUCACAACAUCAAA